UCUUUGUUUGCAGGCUUGCCUCUCUGUAACUCCAUCCAUUUCUCCCGCAUUCCAUAAACUGACCGCAAGUAUAAAUAGCCGUUUUCUUAACAGCAGAGAUAUCGCCUCCGAGCAAGGAAUACUACAUUCCACCGCAAACCACACUCCUACACAAUGGCGUUGAAGCGCAUCAACAAGGAACUCACAGACUUGGGCCGUGACCCGCCCUCAUCAUGCUCUGCCGGCCCCGUCGGUGAAGAUCUGUUCCACUGGCAAGCAACGAUUAUGGGACCUGGUGAUUCGCCGUACUCUGGAGGUGUUUUCUUUCUUGCCAUCCACUUUCCGACAGACUAUCCCUUCAAGCCCCCUAAGGUUAACUUCACAACUCGCAUCUACCACCCCAACAUCAACUCCAACGGCAGCAUCUGUCUAGACAUCCUAAGAGACCAAUGGAGUCCGGCGUUGACCAUUUCUAAGGUCCUCCUUUCUAUUUGCUCUAUGCUUACCGACCCCAACCCCGAUGACCCGCUCGUCCCCGAGAUUGCACAUGUAUACAAGACGGACCGCGCGAGAUAUGAGGCUACAGCUCGUGAGUGGACUCGCAAGUAUGCUAUCUAGGGUGCGUAGCAUGGGGACUUCGCUGGCGAGGCAUCACAAGGCUUGAUAUGGGAGUAGGCAACCAGCAGAGCAUUUAUUGGUAGUGGUACUAGGAGGGACGCGGAGAGGGUUUCCUUCCAACCUAUGCAAUACGAUAUGCAUUCGCCGGUGUCUCUGUCCAUUCGUCGUUAUGGCUUA